AUGGAGGACCCGGUUGACCCAGUAGACCCAGUUGAUCCCAUUGACCCUGUAUUUGAUUUUGAGAUGGCAUUUGAUGAACCAGAGCCUGCCAUGGCCCCCGAGCCGGUAGCUGCUCCUGACCCUGCGUUCGAGCAUGACCCUGUUCAUGCUGGCGCACCCAUUAUUGAUCAUGUGAUUGUUGACCCACCCAUUGAUGAUCACCCUAUUGAUGCGCCACUACUGGAGGGCGAUCAUGUUGUUGCUGCUGGUCAUGUUGAUCCCCCACUCAUCGCUGAUGUACCUGAUGACCCUCUUGUUGCACCCCUUCCUGACCCUAUGCCUGUGCAGUUUGAUCGUGCACUUUUUGAGGCACAUGCUGACCCACGAGAUGCGCACGCCCAGCAUGGGUGGAUCGAUGCUGAUGAUGAGCUCCCACCUUAUUCCCCACAUACCACCGAUGCACGUCACAUUGAUACCUCUUUUUCGUUCCCUCAGUUCACACCUCCAGCUCGACCUGGAGAGGGUUCCUCGGCUCAUCCCUUUGGACAUGUGCCGGCAUCUAUCCCGAUUGUGCCACAGUUUUCUACUGCUAUUCCCCCUGUUCCUCCAUUCUCUGUGCCACCUUUCGAUCCAGCCACAGGAGGCACUCACACGGCGCAUUCAGGAGCUUGA